GCAGCCAUGGUCUGAUGCCGGCGCCUCACCUGUCAGCCGCGCCGGCUCCAGCGCUCGCGUCUCGCCCUCGCGUCCCCCGCGCUCGUCCCUCGCCGGCCGGGGACGGCGGCGGCCCGGCCACCAUGAUACAUUUCAUAUUGCUCUUCAGUCGACAAGGGAAAUUACGGCUGCAGAAAUGGUACACUACUCUCCCUGACAAGGAAAGGAAAAAGAUCACGCGCGAAAUUGUUCAGAUUAUUCUCUCCCGAGGUCAGAGAACAAGCAGUUUUGUUGACUGGAAGGAGCUAAAACUUGUUUAUAAAAGGUAUGCUAGUUUAUAUUUUUGCUGUGCAGUAGAAAAUCAGGACAAUGAGCUCUUGACCCUAGAGAUUGUGCAUCGGUAUGUGGAGUUGCUGGACAAAUACUUUGGAAAUGUCUGUGAGCUAGAUAUUAUCUUUAAUUUUGAAAAGGCUUAUUUUAUCCUGGAUGAGUUUAUCAUCGGUGGAGAGAUUCAGGAAACAUCCAAGAAAUCUGCUGUCAAAGCCAUUGAGGAUUCCGAUAUGUUACAGGAGACAAUGGAAGAAUACAUGAACAAGCCUACCUUUUAACCAUACAUCUACUUGAAAACUACAAGUGCUACGUGUUAUGAACCUGUAAAUAAGC